GUUCUCAUAGACCAGUUUCGUAAACAGCGUAGGUGUGUCAUCUGUCAAUGACUGUUUGGACUUGAUAGCGACCUAACUACUCGAAAUUCUGCUUUCAUAUAGCGAGGAUUUCUCCUUUUACAGUCAGUAGCAAUACUUAUCUCCUACAUUUAUUAUAUUUUCUAUCGCAUCUAAUAUAACAAAAAUCUGUCAACAUGCCCAAGUGUCCGAAAUGCCAAAAGGAAGUCUAUUUUGCCGAGAAAGUUUCUUCAAUGGGAAAAGAUUGGCACAGACCUUGCUUGAAAUGUGAGAAAUGUGGUAAAACACUCACUUGUGGAAGCCAUGCUGAGCACGAAGGCAAGCCUUACUGUAAUAAACCAUGCUACGCAGCUCUAUUUGGAGCAAAAGGAUUUGGUCAUGGUGGUACCGAGAGCCAUAGAUAUUAAGAGAAUAUAAAUAUUCUGUCGUGAUUUCACACCAAUAGAUUCUAUGAUACUAAGGAUUAUUAAAUAAUUUUUAAACAUGGAUAU